AUGGACAAUAACAGCGGUAGCAGCAGCAGCAGCAACAAUAACAAGUCCGUGCGCCGCCAACCGGCUUCCCCGGUCACAGAAGCUCCCAAAGCCCCCGGGACAGUUUCUCCAGAAACCUUUUACGCGUCAGCUUCAAAAUCGAGCGCAGGGCUCACGCCUCCACCAUUGCCACUGCGCCCGAAGAGCUCUGCAGGAUCGGCCCACACAAAGGUCAACAUCGAACCUCCGCCAACCUAUGACACUGUAUUCCGCGAGCCCCAGCUCGUCUCAGAGGAUACAAUCGGUACCGAUCAAGUCCCUGCGCUCAUUCCAGCCGACGACCAUCAUAACUGGCCGACUGUCGAGCACAGGUGGGCCGAAGAUGACUGGGGAAGAAACGAUGCUUGGAAUGAACCGAUACCGUGGGACAGUUCAUGGGCCGGUGGAACGUCGCAAAAGGUCAUGGAUCUUGAUGCGCGGGACCAGGAGGAGGAGACGAACUGGUGGGAUGCGGAACUGCGGGGAACAAGAAACCGCCCAGGGCCUGGAAUACUACCGCCUUUGGUUGCUGAAUUGUUGCACAACCCUGAACAUUCAUUGUUCUCGGUAAGCGUUACCGCGCCUGACAUAAGGCCGACUGGGGAUGCAUCCCCUUUCAUUCCCCCGAGCCAUGAUGAAAUACUUCGCGCUGUCCCUCAUGCCAAUACAUACUACUGCAGACGACACCAUGGUUGGGUGUUCCUUCAGUGGAAAACAUCUGCUAUUGUCCCUCCCUUUGCAAAAUCAUUCGACCCCAAACAGCAUCCACCCCUCCCUGACCAAGACCGUCGUAAACGCACCGUCACUUGCGCUGACAACUCUUUCGAUAAGUCCAAGAAAACACAUCACUUUCAUUUCUAUCCGAAGGCCGUUGAUUCGGGCCAGCUCAAUCCAGCAUUCCAUCGGGCCCCCUGGGAAGUCGCUGCGCAGAGGAAACAGAGGCGUCGGAAAAUCACUUCUGUCAAUCUCGAUGACUAUGCGUUCAAAGAAUCAGAUGUCAAGAUGAACGAAGACCUGCCCGAGGGACAUGUAGAGGGCGAACUGCUUGAUCUUUAUGUCUGCUGUCAGUGCUCCGUCUAUUGCAUUGCGUCAGAAGCUAUGCCCGGUGUUAUUGCUCUUAAAUACGUGGAGGAUUUCACAAGAUAUAGACAUGAACACCCUGCCAUCGGGAGGCAGCCUGACGAAUCUGUUGUCAGUGGUUGGGAGACACUGAUCACAAUCAUCGAAAACAAAUUAUGGAAAGGCAAGAACGGCCAGCUCCCUGUUUCUGGGAAGACGUUCCAGAGCAAGAUCGGGUGGUCCCCAACUACGAGCUAUAUCUUCAAGCAACUUGGGUUCGAGCUCAUUACACGCACCGAAGCUCCAGGCACGCCUGAGGAGAGGACAGACGAAUUUUUGUCACCCCCAAAUACUGAGCCCAACAGUCCAGAAGGUCAGGAGGCACGUAUGAAGCUUCUGCGUUUCUGGGUCGAGACGAAUGCGUAUCUCGUAGACUACCAACGUCGCUUCGCAUCUGCACUCAAGCACUAUACGCCGCACCCUUUGUACGUCAAAAUCGACGGUGCCCGAGAGAUGUACCAACAGGCUAUCGGUGCACACCCUGAUCAGAUCCCGAGAUCGUCCUCGUCGUAUCCGUUAGGUUCAUUGGCGGAGUAUGCACCUCUACUGCAGACGUGGAAGACGUUAGGAAUAACCCCCACAACAUUUUCUCCGGAUAUUCUCAUAUUCGCCUAUUUGGCCCAAUGCCGUUGUGACCCUGCCAAUACGAUACUCUACUUCACCCACUUCUACGCAAUCAUCGCCGCAAUCCAAUCUCUCGGUGGUGUUCCGUCUCAGGAAUUGCAGACCCUAGUUUUUGAAGAGCGCUCUCGUGGGCGAUUCACGGAAGAGGACCUGCAAAACGCUGCCGCAGUUCUUGGAUUUGGCAAGGACGGCGCGCUACGCUUGGAGCUUGAAGAUGACAUUGAGGACGACUUCCUUGCGGAAGCAUGGCGGACGGCCAUCAAAAAUGCCUGGCGUGACGCGAAGGACUGCACACAGCUCCAACGCGACGCGAACGAGGCGUUCAGAAUCAUUGCACAAUCAAGGGGUAGUAAGAAGCUUAUAAAGCUAUUUUCUGAGUCAUCGAAGAACCAGAUGGACCCUUCACGUGCAUACUCGGUAUUAGAGGUUUCCGCGGAUGUCGAGGAGCAGCCCCAUCAAUCUGAUAAGUGGCGCGAAGCGUUGAGAACAAUUGCAGAAGUGAGGGAUAGCAGCCGGUUGCGUCAUUUCCUAGAAGAAGGCAAAGAUCCUGGAGAUAUCGUGGCUUCAACUCGUGCUGAUCUUCCAAGAGGCCUGAAUCAACUUGGAAACACCUGUUAUUUGAACUCGUUGCUCCAAUACUUCUACACAAUUAAGGAGCUUCGUGAGGCUGUCGCUUCUAUGGCCAACAUUGACGUGAAGGCCCUUGAAGACGAGAAGUACACGGAGGACGACCUUAAACGGCAUCGAGUUGGCGGACGGCUAAUUACGCGGCGCGAGAUACUGCGAUCGAAAAAAUUUGUCAGUCAUUUGGCCGAUUUAUUUUGGCAGCUCCAAUUCUGUGAAAACCAGGCUGUCACACCGACCAUCGAUCUUGCCAAGUUAGCACUCGUAACAUCAAGAGACGAAGAGGAGGAGGAAGCUGACAGAGGUGGUACUGAUUCCUCAAAUGACACAGAUGCGACGCUUGUUGAGGACGGGCCCGUGCGGUCACCUGACUCAAAUGGCUCGGUGCUCGGCAAGCGGCCACGCGACGAGCAACGCAUGGACAUGGAUGUUGACACACCCAUGUCCCCUAUUACGGAAGAGAAGAAUGGGUACGUCAUGAUAUCCCAGCCGUCUCCGCCUCGUGGGUCCAAGUCUCCUCGCUUGCAUGGGGAAAGCUCGUCAAGCACGAUGCCGCUGCCAUCCCCGGUUCCAGAUGUGGAAAUGGCGAACCACGAGAACUCGCAGGUUGAGGAGCAGAAGAAAGGCUCCUCCCUUACCUACACGCAAGCCUACUCAGUCAGACUCGGUUAUGAUGUUCGGCUAUUCUACGGGAAAUUGCGGCAAAGGCUUACACAAGUCCCUGCCCAGCGGCAUCCCAGAACUUCAACACACGAGAAAGAAGACCUCUUCUCGCAUCUUCCCGUGAAUGUGGCCGAUAACGGCUUUGAUAUCUAUGAUGGCUUGAGCGGAUACUUUGACGAUAUCGUUGAUUACGAAGGCGAGAAAGCUAGAAUGGAGGUGACACUGGUUGAUCUACCGCCAUUAUUGCAGAUUCAACUUCAGCGCGCGCAAUUCAACAGAGAGACCCUCCAACCGUACAAAUCGCAAGCCUAUGUCAAAUUUGGCGAGACGAUAUAUGGACCGGCGGAAUUGAACACGCAACGUGAACGCCUGCGCUUGCUGACACAGGACAAGCACGCACCUUUCCCUGCAUCACUCAAAAACACGCUUGAUUUCUUGUCAAAGCAAGAAACGCUUAUUCUCCCGGAUGUCGAUGAAGAGCUCGUCGCGAACAUCAGUGGCGAACAAGAUAUGAUCGAGGCUGAGAUUAUCGAACUCAAGAACACGAUAUCGAAGCUGAAGGAGGAGCUAGAGGAUAUUUGGAAGGAUGAUACCUCGGUCGCAUACGAGCUGACCUCCGUCUUCAUACAUCGUGGCUCAUCACCGUCAUUUGGACACUACUUCUUCUAUUCCCGACAUGUACCGGAACGACCUGAUAACUGGUUCAAGUACAAUGACCAUCAGGUUACAGAGGUGCUGAAAACCGAGGUCUUGGCUGAUACCACAGGGUCCACUGCAAAUCCGUACUUGCUUGUUUUCGCAAAGAAGGACCGGGACAUUGUUCGUACCGUAAAUCGAUUUGAUCCGAUGGCUUUAGAGGAUAUUGAUACAUGA